AUGGCUGACAACCAACCCGCGUCCGGCGCGGAUGCCGCCGCCGCCGCCGUCGCCAAGCUGCACCUCGACGAGGUCACCGGCGAGAUGAUCUCCAAGACCGAGCUCAAGAAGCGCCAGAAGGCCCGCGAGAAGGAGGCCGCCAAGAAGGAGAAGCAGGCCGCCCACCCCCAGCCCGCCGCCAAGACGGGCGAGGCGGCCGAGAAGGAGUUGACUCCCAACCAGUACUUUGAGAUUCGAUCCGGCGUCGUCAACGAGCUGCACGCCAAGGGCAAGGCCUACCCUCACAAGUACCACGUCACCUACGACAUCCGCAAGUUCGCCGACGACUUCUCCCACCUCAAGAACGGCGAAUCCGACAAGACCAAGUCGAUCCAGCUGGCUGGAAGAAUAUACGUCAAGCGCUCCGCCGGCAGCAAGCUCUACUUCUACGACAUUCGCUCCGACGGCACCCGGCUCCAAGUCCUCGCGCAGGCCGACAACGUCGACGACAAGGCGGUUCCCUUCGAGGAGCAGCACAUCAACCUCCGGAGAGGCGACAUCAUUGGCGUCCGCGGCUUCCCGACCCGCACCAACCCCAAGACCAAGCAGGGCGGCGGCGACUACUCUGGCGAGCUGUCCAUUGGCGCCAUCGAGGUGACUCUGCUGUCGCCUUGCCUGCACCAGAUUCCCGAUGACCACUAUGGCUUCAAGAACCCCGAGCAGCGCUUCCGCCAGCGAUACCUCGAUCUCAUGAUGAACGAGCGGUCGAGACAAAUCUUCAUCACCAGAGCCAAGGUCGACUCCUACAUUCGCCGCUGGUUCGACGAGCGCGAGUUUGUGUCGGUGCAGACGCCCAUGCUGAACCCCAUCGCCGGUGGUGCCACCGCCCGCCCGUUCAUCACCCAUCACAACGACAUGAACAUGGACAUGUUCCUCCGAGUCGCUCCCGAGCUCUACCUCAAGAUGCUUGUCGUCGGUGGCCUGAACAGGGUCUACGAGAUGGGGCGUCAGUUCAGAAAUGAGAGCGUUGACCUGACUCACAACCCUGAGUUCACCUCGCUCGAGUUCUAUAUGGCCUACGCCGACGUCAACGACCUCAUGGGCAUGACCGAGGAGCUUGUCAGCGGCCUCGUCAAGCACGUCCACGGCUCGUACAAGACCAUCUUCCACAACAUCAAGGGCGAGCCCAUCGAGAUCAACUGGGAGGCGCCUUGGCCCAAGAUCGACAUGAUCCCCGGCCUCGAGGAGGCGACGGGCGAGAAGUUCCCGCCUGCCGACCAGCUGCACACGGACGAGACCGGUGACUUCCUCAAGAAGGUUCUUAAGAAGACUGGUGUUGAGUGCAACCCGCCCCUGACCAACGCCCGCAUGAUUGAUGCUCUCGUCGGCGAAUUCCUCGAGUCCCGAUGCAUCAACCCCACCUUCAUCAUGGGCCACCCCAAGAUGAUGUCUCCCCUGGCCAAGUCUUCUCGCACCACUCCCGGCCUGUGCGAGCGAUUCGAGGUCUUUGUUGCCACCAAGGAGAUUGCCAACGCCUACACCGAGUUGAACGUUGCCGCGGAGCAGCGCGCCAACUUUGAGGAGCAGGCCCGCCAGAAGGCCCAGGGCGACGACGAGGCCCAGAUGGUCGACGAGACGUUCUGCCGCGCUCUCGAGCACGGCCUGCCGCCCACCGGUGGCUGGGGCAUGGGCAUCGACCGCAUGAUGAUGUUCCUGACGGACAACUACAGCAUCCGCGAGGUCCUGGCGUUCCCGACCAUGAAGCCCGAGUAG